AAUUGCUAUGGCUCCCGCGGUAACAAUUGGGCCUGUGGCCCCGCCCCUUCUCAGCGAGACCUCCACACCCUACACCCUGCUGCGGCUCCCAAACCCUGGGAAGGGCGUCCCGCUCCUCCGGCCCUAGACAUCAAAGGAGGCACUCCAGCUUCGGGGCGCUCUACGCCUGCCCGGUCUCUGGGGAGCGAGCGCCGCGGGGACCAUGAACGAGGCGAAGGGGUCCCUCCGGGCCAUCGAGCAGAAGUACAAGCUGUUCCAGCAGCAGCAGUUCACCUUCGUGGCGGCGCUGGAGCACUGCCGCGAGAACGCGCACGACAAGAUCCGGCCCAUCGCCAGCAUCGAGCAGGUGCAGAGCUACACGGAGCACCACUGCAGCAACGCCACGGACCGCCGCAUCCUGAACAUGUUCCUGGACCUCUGUGCGGAGCUGAGCAAGCUCUGCCAGCGCUUCGAGGCCCUGCAUGCGGGCACCCCGGUCACCAACAGCCUCCUGGACAAGUGCAAGACCCUCGUGAGCCAGAGCAACGACCUGAGCAGCCUGAGAGCAAGGUACCCUCACGACGUGGUGAACCACCUGAGCUGCGACGAGGCCCGGAACCACUACGGGGGCGUGGUCAGCCUCAUCCCCCUCGUGCUGGACCUCAUGAAGGAGUGGAUCGCGCACUCGGAGAAGCUGCCCCGCAAAGUGCAGCAGCACGUGAGUGAGCCCGGGACGCACCAGGAGGCCGCCGCCGCCGCCGCCCAGCCUGCCCAGCCUGCCCAGACCGCAGGCGCCCAGCCCUGGCCAGGAAAACGCCAGUGCAGGCCGCUCCCCAAAGACAGCCUCAGACCCCGGGGGAAAGACAAAGGGUUCAAACCUCCCUGGAGACCGCCUGGCGGGAAACUGUGACUCUGAGCCGGCGACCUCCAGCGACCUGGCACCUGUCCCCGGCCCAUCCCACAGGGUGCCGUCACCACACUUGGUCCCCCUCCCCCGGCCGGCCCAAUUUCACUAGCCUCCACAGUCCCGGCCACUCGGGAACCCCAGGAGGGACCCCCAAUAUACCGCUGAGAACCUCGCCUUCCGCGCUUGCUGUAACUUCUAACUUUCCCCCGCCCUGGCGCCCAGGCUCUGUGCCCAGGAAGAGCAGCCCCCGUCCCAGAGUGACUAGCGAGGGCUUCCCGGGGAGGCUGGGGCAGAGCCAGGGCUGUGCCUGCCCAGCCUGGGGCCUCGUCGAGCCUCCAGCCCGGCUGCAGGUCUGGCUUUGCAGGCUGAGCCGUGGUGCCAGGAGGCUGUGCAGCUCUGGCGGGACAGGGUGGCUCCCCGCUCCCGGGGCUGCUGUGGGCUGGCACGUGGAGCGUGCCCAGUGUGGCCUUGUCUUGGGACCAAGGCCCUAAGGGGACGAGCCCGCCUUUCCUCCCUUCCACCUGGGAGACGGUGGCGGGAAGAACUCCCAUCUCGCGGCUCCCGGCGGGACCGUUACUG